AUGACAACGGUAAGGUCCUACAUUGACUUUGGGGCAAACAUUCUGAUUUGAAGGGGCAACAUACAAAUUAGCAUUAUUGAUACAUCUAAUUGAGGGUGCAAUCCAUAACCUAACCCUAACCAGAGUGACCAUUUUCUCUAGCCUUACAAAUAACAGUGGCUUGUAGAGGCGAAUAUGAUAUUCAAAUCUAAUGAAACAAUAAAAGGAUUGUAAAAUAAUGUAAAAUGGUUCAGAUUAUGAAGACGUAAACCACUACAAUAUGCCAACCUCAAACCUGCAGUGCAAAAAUACCUAUGACAUGCAGAGUUGCAUAAUUUAAAUGCCAUAGAUACAAAAGAAGAGGAUAGUCCCGUAAAGGCUAAAGAAAGAAAGAACAGUUCAAACCAGUGAUAUAUUCAUUAGAUGAACUUAGCACAUGUCAAAGCAAUUUGAUGUCUUUGACAGAUUUGACAAUUUGCACAUUAAAAGCAGGCUUUUCAACAUAAUAUGCAGUCAGAGAGACACAGUAGUGAUUAGUUAUAGAAAACAAACAAUCUUUCCAUCUAAAGACAAGUCAGUAACAUAAAUGUUUUGCAAGAUUUGUUUUGGGUGUUAUGUUACUGAUAGUCUGACAGUGGUGAUGGCCAAAGUCAAGUGCUUUUGAGGUUUCCCAGACCCAGAUAACUUUUAAUAUCCUUCCUAGUCCAGGAGUAGACUUAAUGUGGGUCUGCUGGGAAAACAGCCCUCAGUUACUCUCAACAAACUAUCUGCCAACAAUUUAAAAAAAAUAUAUCGCCCUACCAUUUCCAAGAACUAAAAGGGAAUGUUGUGAAAAUGAUAUGGUCGGAUAUCCUUUUCAUUGGUUGGUUGUUGUGUCAUCAUUAAAACAGCACCAACUUUCAGUGUGAAACUAAAGCCUUAACCCAACACCAUGGCUAACAGUAUUUGUCAUUGCUCAUAGUUAGAUGUAUCUUGUAUUUCUGAGUCUUGGAUGUUCCUCACACAGUAUACUUGAUAUCAGGGGGAAAGUGCAACAUUUCAAAACAAAGCUCUCACUGAAGAUUUGCCAUGUAAAAAGACAUGCGAAUGUUUGAUGUAGUGGUUUCCCAUCAUUCUGCCCCCAGCCUCAUAUACCCCACAGGAAGUCAUUCUUGGUCAAGUCGUCCACGGCCAUCGGGUCCUAUGACCUCCCAUCCUUACAUGUGGAUUCAGACAACCAAGAGGAAAACGCAUCAACAGUAAGGAUAAUGCCAGAAGAAAAAUUGACAGUUUUUCAAAUGCUUCUUUGACAGUGUUAAAUAUGUUUUAAUUGUGUUUGUUAUAAUUAUAGGGACAAUGGAAGCCCAUGUAAUAGCCAGACACCAGGGGCUGCAAGGACAAGGAGCCAGUCUCCCUUUUCGGCCAAACUUUGGGACUGCUAGUGACCGACGGCCUCAGAUGUCAGAGCCCCAGGUGAGUAGUAGCCAAGUGAGAUCAAAUAGAGGACAGCACUAACCUCUUCCCCAGGCUCAAUUGCUAUGACAGCACUAACCUCUUCCCCAGGCUCAAUUGCUAUGACAGCACUAACCUCUUCCCCAGGCUCAAUUGCUAUGACAGCACUAACCUCUUCCCCAGGCUCAAUUGCUAUGACAGCACUAACCUCUUCCCCAGGCUCAAUUGCUAUGACAGCACUAAAAGGUAUGAUUUAAAGACAUUAAGAAAUGCACCUUAGACCUGGGUUUCAAAACUCUGGUUGGUCACAAUAGCUACAUUAUAAUUUCAUUAAUCCUAAUCCGCUGUAACUGUAAUGUACUUACUAUUAAUGUAAUAAUAAUAACAAUAAUAAUUUGGGGGGGGGGGUGCUUAUAUUUGUCCAGUUACACAAAAGUGUGUAAUGGAAAUGUAUACUUUUUUUUUGGCAUAUCCCAACUUUGGCAUAUCCCCUGAGACCCACUAGGGAAUAGGGUCACCAUUGUACAGCGCCCCUGGAGCAAUUAGGGUUAAGUGUCUUGCUCAAGGGCACUGCGACAAAUUGUUUUAUUUUUGCUUUACCUUGUUGGCUCCGGUAUUCAAACCAGCAACGUUUCGGUUACUGGCCCAAUGCUCUAUGACACCACAACAGUCUAUAUACAGUUUAACUGCACAUCAACUUGACUUUGUGAUUUGUAUCUCAGCUGUCUAACAGGAAGAAGCCAAACUGUGUACCAAAUCAAGACUCAGCCGGCAUUACCCCGGAGUAUGUCCCACUCAGAGCCCCUGGACAAGAGACAGAACCCAGGCCUCCCAGGCCUCUCCCCAAGCUACGGCAAUGUGAUGGAUACCCAGGUGAGUCAACUACACUCUCUCUUCUCUUGUGUUUCAUUAUAUCUAGGUUCUUCUAAUCAGUUUUCCUGUCAGAACCAGCAUAGGAGAUGCACACACUGCUGUGCAGAGGUCGGGGCCGCUUCCUCUUUUUCCCUUUCUAGUCUCUCUCACUGUAUUUUGCAGUUAAUGUUCCAAUUAUUGUUGCUAAAUGAUUAAUGAACUGUUUUGACAGACCUCCAACCAGACUUGCUCCCCAACGGACUAUCAGAGCCCCCAUCCUGUUCGCCGCCCUCCAGUUCCUCCCAAGACAUAUGACACUCUUCUGAGCCCCUCUCCAAAUGCAAGCGGGGACUAUGACAAUGUUGAUAGAUCUAAACUUGGAAUGACUGAGAAGGUAAACCAAGAGAACCACUGAAUAAACCAGCAUAUAGUGUAUACAGUAAGACAGGUUGAAUAAAACAAAUCAACCCUCUACUCUUCUCUGUGGUUUAACACAGGCCUUAGACAUUUAUGGCAAAAAUAAGCCCUCCCCUCCUCUCCCAUGGCCUGUGAGACCCCCUCAGUCCCCCAUGAUGUCCUGCUCCUCUUCAGCCUCUUCAGAGUAUGAGAGGAUGCUACCUGAAAUGCACCUACUACAACCUCAGGUGAGAGAGUACUUCAUAUUCAUUGCAAUUAAGAAAAUACCAUAACAUUCACUGUUUAAUCAGUAUAACUUUAGUUUCUGUCAAUAAGAUAUCUUUGCUUUCUUUGUAUUGGUAUAGGAUUCCAUAGAACGAAAGUGCAGUCAGUCCCAUUGUCCUGUUCGACCCCCAGCUCCACCCAAAUCUGAACCACUGUCCUUGUAUGGGGGCUAUGACGUCAAUUGAGCCCAGAGUCCGAGGGUAAGCACCACUCAAUAUCAGCAUCACUCCGGAGUUACUUUUUAGGCCCUUAUAUCAAGUCACUACUAACAUCGCCUCUGGGGUUUUUCAUGUUCAAUAGCCCUCAGACACAGACAAUGAGAGGUCGCCUCACCCUUCACGGCCCCCACCACGGCCGGGAAGGCCCCCCUCCCACACCCUGUCCCAUUCCCCCUCAGGAAUUGAAACAACAGCCACACAACUUCAACCACUGCUGCAGGUGAGAGCCGUACAUACCCGUCUCCAACUGGUGCUGACAGAAGCACAAACGCAGCUCACGACUAUACAUACACACAUGGUGCCGUUCAAAGGAUAUAGUACAACAUUUAUUUACUGUGAUAUGCUUUCAUUGUUUUCAUCUGAGGUGAAACAGAUGCUGUAUGUGUGUGAUAGAGACAGGGAAGUGUUCAGUGUAAUCUAUCUCUCUUUAUGUUCCUUCCUUCCUGAAACUCAAAAGUCCCCUUAAGGUUGUGAAAUGUACUUGUGUCUUGUUGAUUUGUUGUUAUUGUUCACAUGUGAAAACUUGUGUUUUUGGAACACUUCACUUGUGACAUUUCACAUGUGAAAACGUGUUUUUGGAACACUUCACCUGUGACAUUUCAUAAGUGAAAUCAUGUGCAAGUGAAAACGUGUUUUUGGAACAUUUCACAUGAGAUCACGUUUUCACAUGUGCUUACAUGUUGUCACGUGUUUAGUUUCAUGUUAUUACAUGUUGCUUUACAUGUUGUCACAUUAACUUAACUUAAACACAUGUGAUCACGUGAAAUUCAUGUGGUUUUUCCGUAAGGGGUGAGGACCAUGUUAGGAUGUUUGUAAGAUGUUCUCAAGACAUUUGUUUUACCAGUCGUCAGGACGUGAUGUGAUGGUCCCAGAUGGUCCCAAACCCUUAUAAUAAACCAUUAUAAUUACGUUAACCAAGAGGUUGUGUGUUCAAAUCACAGGUGAGGACAUGCUGAAUAAUAAUUACAGAAAAAUAUGAAAUGCAUGCACUCACAGCAUGCACUCACAGUCGCUCUGGAUAAAAGUGACUGCCAAAUGACUAAAAUGUAAUUUAACAUACACAAUGUGUGUCAAAGAUGUAAGUUAAAAACUCUAUAUUAAAAGCACUAUGUGUGUAUCAUAAUGACUCAUGUUUGUUUUCACAAAAAUUAGAUUUUCCACAUGUGAAAUCAUGUGGUUUUUCGGUAAGGGAAGGCUAUGAUACAGUGUCAGAUAUUGAAGUUGCAGCAAUAGAGUUGCUUGUGUCUGUAAAACAAAACAAAAUUCAUUCCAUAGCCCACCAACGCAAAAGGAGGCUCCCUGCCUGCAUGUCCUCAACUCCCGCCCCCACCCUCGUUCACCCCCCCCCCCCCCCAUUAUUAAGACAGAUGUAUAUCGUAUUAUUUGACACUACAUUACAUUGUAUUUAAUUCAUUUUUAGACCGUUAACUGUUCUUCUGUAAUUGUUGUACUGUUCUCAGCUGUUAUGAUUCAAUAGAUGACCAUUGAUUACUGAGGGAUAAUAUACUUGGGUUGUAAUUGUGUAUGUGUUUCUCUUUCAGGCUGGGAAAACAUGGCUCCUUCAUUUUAUGGCCUCAGUCUAGAGGAUGAAACCAGGUGAGACCUGACUAACCUCUUACUGUACGCAUGUGGUUAAUACACCAUUUCAGGGAUAGAGCUUUGAUCUUACAUCUAAUACAGGCAAGCAUACCAUUUAAUCAGCACCCUGUCUCUUAUUAAAUCUGUCUUUCCAUCCCACCAGGGAGUUCAGCCAGAGGUGCCUCCAUGUGAAAAAUGGCGUCCGUCUGUUCAACUGCCUGAUAAUGAAGUGUAACGAUACCUUGCGAGGCCACAUCACAGAGCUCAACGACCUCGCAGAGAAGCUGGACAAAGUGCAGAAGAAAACCAAAACCAUGGGCAUCGCAGGGGGCAACACGGGCGCCGUGGGAGGGGCGGUGGCCGUUGUGGGCAUCGUCCUCGCCCCCAUGACCAUGAGUGCCUCCUUCAUAGCCACGGCAGUUGGGGUGGGCAUGGUGUCAUCGUGUAGUGGGAUGGGCAUCAAAGCGGCCAUGGACAACAACAAAAGCAACUCUGUGUACAGGAAGAGGCUGGAGGAGGUUGUGCAGAAGUACAAAGCCAAGAUAGCAGACGUGGAGUGGUCUCUUUGCUUCAUCCACAGUGGGAUGGCUGAGCUGAGGCGGUACAACUUCCACAGGCUCCAGCAUGCUGAGCCUGAGGCCCUGCGGAUAGCCAGGGUGGCAGAGUCAGUGCAUCCUGGGUGUAAAAAAUCCCAAUAGUUGGGCAUAAAGAGAUUAUCCUGCAAGGGUUUGCCAGACAUGGACCUGUAUUAUACUGACAAGGACGGCUAGAGGCUGAAAAAUGCCUCUGAGACUAAGUUUGCCACCAGGAUCUGUGGUGUGACCCAGGAGCUACAGGAGGAGCUCAAUGAACUGCACCAAGUGUGGCAGACUUUCUCACUAGCGGCCAGUAGAUUUUGA